AUGCCAGAAGCAUCAAAAUGCCUCGCCCAGCUCCUAGCCCAACAGGCAGCUUUGGCCGCUGAUAUUGCAAAAGUCUCCGAACGAAUUUCCACGCACAAAACUCAAAUUGCUACGUUUCGUGAUUCGGUCAAGACCCUCGCGGAACCUCUCUGCGACCAAGCCGAUUUGGGAAGGACAGCGGUUGUUCAGGACCGGGAGAAGCUCCGUCAGGGACGUCACGCACACGCGAGCAAGUUUAUGGAGGCGAUCCAAAAGAACCUGGACGAGGACAACGCCCUUCUCGCCGAAUUUCAAGCCGAAAUUAAGGAAGUCAACGCGCUCAUUAAGUAA